AUGUCGCAGCCGGAGUUCUCACUGCUGUCUCAGCUGGGGGUUUCGGUUCCCGAUGCGUCUCCGCAGCCGCUGCAGACGCCGGGAAGUUGCGAGGGAACGUACCGCGUGCUGGCUCCGUGCGUGCGGCCGCCUGUGAAAGGGGCAGUGGCCGCGCAAGUGGCUUCGCCGCGUCGUUUUCCGGCCGCACCUCUUGCCGACUACAGUGGAGAGGUGAUGACGGCGAGGGGAAGGGGCGGUCGCCCGGACACCGAGUACCUCAUCUACAACGCGAGGGUACCGUCUAUUCGGGCGGUCAACCUGCAGCUGAUGGAGGAGCAACGGCGCAGGCGCGAAGAGGAAACCGCGUCUCGGAUGUCGCCUGACAAACUUUUUAUUCAGCCACGUGACAGCGAAGACGUGGCUCGACGACGUGUUUUAGAGCACCUGCAGCGCAUUAACCGGGAGGAGGCGCAGCGCAGGGUAGAGGAGAGGGAACGCGAGCGGAAGCGGCGGUUAGAGAGUGAGCUGGCGGAAUUAAGGGCGGUUGAAGAGGCCGCCGCCAAGGAGGCCGCCGCGCUUCUGGCAAAGAAGCAAGCAGAACGCCAUUCCAUGCAACAGGCCUCAGUAGAGGCGAUGCAGCGCAAGCGACGAGAGGCUGCUGAUGUCGACGGUUCUCUAGCGGCGCGGUGUGCCGCCUUUCCCUGGGACACGGUUUCCCCCGACGAGACAGCGCGGCGGGAGAAGUGUUUGUCCCUCCUGGAUGCCAACCGAGAGCUGGCCGCGCUGAAAAAAAAGGAGCGGCAAACACGAGAGAUGGAGGAUAGAGUCAAGGAAAAGGCGGCGUUGGCGGAGGUGCGUGCACAGGAGGAAAAAGAAACAAGACGCGCACUGGAGAAGAAGCGAUGCCUGUACGAGGAGCGGCGAAGCGCAAGCGUGGGAGCUGAGGUAAAAACUACACGUGCCGCAGUAGAGCCGAGCGACCGCUGUGCUGGUUGGCUUCAGCAGAGCGCGCGGGAGGAGGCGGAGGCGGUGGCGCGGCGCGAGCGACAGCGGGAGUUGAUGGAGGCAAACAAACAGAUGGCGAAGGAAACAAAAAUGCGACGUGCCGAGGACGCGGCGAGACAACUGCAAGAGGAACGGAAAAGGCUGCAGGAGUCUGAGAGGGCGUACAGGCAGGAGAUCGAACGUAGCCGGGCGGAAAAGCGCAGGCAGCGGGAUGCACUUAGCCAAGCCGCUCUCAAGGCGGCCGCGGAGCGCCGCGCAAAGGGACGAGUCUCAGAGAAGGAUGUCUUGAGCCUCGGCCUAUUCCAAGAAGAUUCCUCCAAGGUGGAAAAGGAGAGACGGCGGCGAGAAAAGUUCUACCGCGAAGCACUAAAGAGGGAGAUUGAGAAUGCGCGGGAGGCACGUCGUGAGGCAAGGGAGCGGGAGACGGUGGAAGAGAAACGACUUCUUGAUUUGUGUGAAGCUGAGGCGAGGCGCACGCUGGAAGGAGACCGGGCGAGGGACGCGGAAAGGCGUGAUACGUACCGGAGGGAACUGGAGGCUCAAAUUCGCUCAAAGAAGACGGAAGCAACUUGCGAGGUUCCUGCGACGCACCGUGGUCCUGUGAUGAAAGUGCUGUACCGGUGCCCUGUGACAGGAGACUUGCUGCCGCCGAGUCAAUUCGGCAUUCCGUCUACUCGACAGCGUCGAGCGGGGUGGAGCUGGUAG